AUGUCCGCUUGUGCCGACAAAAAGCACAGCGAUACCGAAAAUCCGCUAUAUUAUUCAGGGGAUAAUGGGAAUGUGGAGCAGCCGCUACGUGCUCACUUCAAAAAUAAUGGGGAUAGGGCUGUCGGUGUCCCCACGCCGGAAGAACCACUAGCAGCGUACAGGGUGAGUGACUAUGGCGCUGGGCCGCGGGCGGAGGGGAGGCUUGGGUUCGCGUGCGACCUUGCCUUUUGGCUAUCCUUCGAGGCCGUACUCGGAGAAAAUCCUAGGUUGAACUAUCGAUGGAGAGCCGCGACGCGCCACAAGGUCUGUCGCCACACGUUGCAUCUAUGGACCACGUCACCUCACUGCGCCCGGUUCCCCCUCGAGAAGGAAGCAGCGCAUUGCUGUACACUGGAGUUCUGUUGUUGA